AUGAAGGCAAUUGCUUUGGAUCCUGAUGAUACAAGGAAAAUGUCUAGGAGGUUUAUUGUUGGUGGUUUAGCUGGUAAUUUAUAUUUAAAUUCGAAGAAAUGGUUGGGCUAUCGAGACCAGGUUUUGCACUCUGGUGAAGGUUCAAUACAUGCUCUGAAGUGGAGAGCAAAUCUUGUUGCUUGGGCGGAUGAUGCAGGAGUGAAGGUGUAUGAUACUGCCAAGGACCGGCGAAUAACAUUUAUCGAAGCUAAGAUUGAUACUGCCAAUGCCCAAAAGCCCAACUUCCAACACCUACAUUAUUUUUGGUGA